CUGACUCCCUGCAAGUCUGCAAGUCCCCCUGAGGAGGCAUCAGACCUUCUACUUCUCCAUCGCCAGGGCUGACAAGAGGUCCCUUUAGACUCCUCCACUCUACUGUAAAGGGGGUGGGGAUUUUCACUCAGAAGACUUAAAAAGGGAACCCCAAAUUGCAACCAGAUCAAAUCUCUUAACACACAAUCCUAGCUCACCCUAUCCAAGACUACUGAUUUACAGGGGAACUAAGUAUGAAGGGAUUACGUAGACUGACAGCUCCUGCCAUGGCCCUGUUCCUUGCAGCUUCUUUCAUCUCUUACUCCUGGAGUGCUCCUAAGGGUCACUUCCAAAGAAGAAACUGGACUCCUCAGGCUAUGCUCUAUUUAAAGGGUGCACAGGGACGUCGAUUCAUCUCAGAUGAGAGCCAGAGGAAGGACCUCUAUGACAGAUUGCAGCUAGAAACACGCAGCCAAAAUACAAAUCCUAUAUCUCUGUCGGAGGCUGCAGAGCUAUUUCUUAACUCCUUACGGAAAGCACAAGAAGCUGAAGAAGAAACCAGUGAUCACCCUGGAUACUUAACAGACAAUCUAUUAAACUGGUGAAAGAUUUCAAGUUGCAUCAACAUGCCUAUUCAUCUCCCUUGAACCCAUGGUCUAUGUAAGACAAACAUUCUGAUUCAUCUGACUCCACCUGUGUUCUGAAGGAAUAAAGCUUGGAGUCAUUUUUGCAUUUUGAAUGCAAACUGAUUAAAGGUUAUUGUUCAGUCCGGAAACUAUUUUAAUUUUUGAUUUCCUAUCUUAAACCACAUUGCGUGCUACCCAAAAUUUAAAAACCACUUGAACAUCUUAGCUUACAGGACCCAGACAUCAUACCAGUAUUGAAUUGGUUUUGAUAAUUUUUCCAAAACCUUCUCAUGGAAAAACUUUCCAACCAACUCUGCAUGUAAACACUCUUUAACCUAUGACAGCAGCUGACUCUUUCACCACCACAUUGCUGGUCCUGAAAUCCACCUGCAGUGCUCUUGCAGUCUAUUGAUGUUCCAGUUAAAUCAAUGAAAUAUUAGAAUGCGUUUAGUAUGGAGCAGCAAAGCAGGUGAUUUCUGCUAGAGAUAUUUCAUACUGUAGUGAAUAAUCAACAGGCUACCUAUCUAGACCUUAAUCCUGCAAAAUUAAAAUAUAUGUUUAUCUUUUAUGUACUGUGAGUAAUCCCAUCAAACUAUUCACAGUGUAUAAAGAUAUGCACAUGUGUAAUUCUUACCAGGAUUGGGAGCCUUCCUAAUGAUCAUGGGAUAAAUUCACCACUGUUAUCAGUUGAAGUUUGUGGUGUUGUGCCAGCAGUGAAUCUAGCCACAAAUGGCAAUAAGGAAAUUGUACAAAAAUAUAUUUAAUUACACAUUUUUUAUGCAAUUGAUUUACUUAUUUGCUUUCUGAGCUGUAAUAUAGGAAUUACACUUGAAUUAGCUAAUUGCUAUUCCACACUGAUAUGGACAUGUUUCACAUUGCUGUGUAGUUAUACAGUAAUUACCAGAAAGUGUUCUGGAGUUAUGUAAGUAAAGAAUAGCCACAGGAUACUUGUGUCCCAGCAACUGUUGCUUUUUUUUUCAAAACCAUUUGCCUGUGAUCUGUCUCACAAUGUCAGCACUGAUUAAUGCCACUAAUUUGCAAUCAAUGCAAUGUUGUUUCCCACAUGCCUGAAAAUAACACAGCUGAAAUAAUGGAGGAAUUAAUUUGUUUGAUGUGUUGAUUGAUACUUCUGGUAAUUUAGCUAAAUUUUUAAUCAGUUUUGGGGGAAAUUAUUCGAUGGACUAGGACCAAAUCCUGGUUUUUGAAACCGAGCUAACUCACACAGGCAUGGGGUGCCUUAGAUCAUUCCAUUCAUUCAAAAUCCCACUUAUGGGCUUCAGCUAUAGCCCAAAUUAAGUCAAUGGGAAUCUUUUUAUUUACUUCAAAGGACUUUGGAUGAAGUCUAAUCUGAAUGCCUCAGGUGUUUCUAUAUUAUUUUUUUGGCAUGAGCUGGGGUUGUACUGUACCUUGGAGAAAAGUAGAGGAGUUAUGUUUCUACUGAUCUGUUAGAGUAUCCUAUCCUUCAUAUGCCUGAACAUUUCAGAGCUACAGAAAAACAUUAGCUAUAUUCAAGAUUAAUGGACUUUUUUUUUAAUGUUUUACUGUAGGUCCUUGCCCACUAGCGUGGACAAUUCCUUACAAAUGUCAUGAAAAUAAAUAAAAAGUCUGCCUUACUUGGAAAUGAGCUGUUCUUGGAGCCUUCAUGUUUUCAGUUUGACAGCUAACUACUGCCAAGUUUGUCAGAAGCCAAUUAGUGACCCAAUAAUGAGAUUAAAUCAAUGGGGGUUGACCUUUGGUGAGCAGGUAUCUUAGGUGAACACUUAUUUUGAGUCCUUACUACCUUCACAUGAUCAAAAGGCAAAAAUGUUUGAUAAUAUUUAAAAUACAUCAUGCUCUUGAAAACCAGCUCUAACAUUCAGGGUAGAAUUAAAAUGAGUAAGCCUAGAGGUGUGAGGCAUAGAUCACUU